AUGCUGCCCAGGGCUCUUCCAGCCCCUUCGGCAAGACCAUUCUUUGCUCGAGACUGCCCUCGGCAAGAUCCUCCCCGUCGGGAGCGAUUCGGCGGCCGAAACUAUGGCUCUGCGGCUGCGAUGCUUGCCAUUGGAUUUCCACUAGCGUCCAAGAGGCAAGGGGGAAGGCGGAGCGAGGAGGCCGAAGGUCGGCCGAAAUCCGUGUUGGUAUCCCGUCAAGCUCCUUGGGUCCCUGAGCUUUCAACAUCCCGAGGACAGCUUGCGACUUUCAGGACAGCCUCCGUGUCGGACUGCCGGACUUCCAGCGAGACUGAGAGCAGUCAGGAUGCUGAGACGUUGACACCAGCAGCGGCUUCCGAAAGCAUCUCCAAGCGCCUCAAAGACAUGGUGUUUGUUAAGGACAUGCGCGCAGCCAUGACUUCCGGAGAAUUUGCUCUUCGGUUGCGAGGCGCUGAGAGACCUGGUCUGGUUGACUACGAGGGCUUGUACAACGUUCUGGAGGGCUUUGCAGGGAGGCUCUCCGAGCUGGAGGCUUCGGAGGUCUUGCGUGAUGAGGACGCUUGGAAGGCAGAGGAGGAUUUAAAGCUGAUACAGGGCAAGCUGAAAGACAGAGUUGUGGAAAUGACGCAGGACACCAGACGAUAUGCAGUGCUGGGUGAGGAUGGGGCCAACAGUGGCAGCGGUGAACAGGACCAAGGCUCGAGCUUGAAUGCCAAAGCAGCAUCUCAAGCGCGCAACAAGUUCAUGUUGUACCUUCGAGGGGACCAGAUGGUCGAUAUCGACACAGCCCUCCAGGAUUCCCAGGCUGAGCAGCCCUUCAGCCGCGACCUGUGGGAGCGCCUUGAAGGAAAGGCUCAGCACUCUGAGGAUGAGUGGUCGCCCUACGAGAACGCGCAGGCUGAGGGGCGGAUCAGCCAAAAACAGCUCGUUCUGCAACAGGCCAAGCAGGAUCUCAAGUCAGCCAAAGCCAAUCGGGCCAAAGUGCUCAGGAGAAUGAAGAAGGUUGGAAGCAAGGGCAGCUUGGACAAGAAGUCUGUCGAGCUGACAUGUGACUUGUUUCGUUGGGAUCGGUUGAUCUCCGGUCAUCAAGUCCUCGUGCUGCUUGCGAACGUGGACUUGAUUUUUCAUCAGGUUUCGGCAAAGCUGGAGAAGCUCCUGCUGCAAGCUGACAUUGCCGAGUGGGAUCAUUCAGGUCGUCGACUGAAACGUCUGGUGCUGAAGCUAUCUGCCCUGGAGGUGCAGGUCGCUCCGUACCGGAAGUACGUGCAUGAGAAGCCAGAACAGGUAGUCCAAAUGACUGGUCUGGACUGGGAUGAGCUGCAAAUGCUGGAGGAGCAGAUCGCUGCAAUCGCCCAAAACAUUGGACUGCACGUGGAUCGAAUCGGUCAGCGCGGUGGAUUUUUCGCGCCAAUUCGCAGACAAAUGUUGUCCUUCACGACGUCCUGGCAAAAGAUUCGGCGCGGAAUCGUUUUCCAGGCGAAUGGUAUUCGACUACUCUCUCAGGACCUGCGGCUCGCCCUGAAACUUCUGCUGAAGGUCGUGUUCCUCAAUCAUGCCCUGGAAGAUCGAGAAGUCCGCAUUUGCAGACGAGCUGUAAAGGACUUGUUGGUCUUGGUGCCCUUUCUGAUCCUGCUGCUCAUUCCGCUGUCCCCGCCGGGUCAUAUGCUGGUCUUUUCUCUCAUCCUGAAGGUCUACCCGGACUUUCUCCCAUCGCCCUUUACGGAGCAUCGGCAGAAUGUGAUGAGGAUCUACAAUGCCAUCAAGCCUGUGAGCGAAAAGAGCGACUAUGGCAGCUGGAGUUAG